GGCGAUGCCCGGCCCUGGGACGCUGGAGGGGCUCUUCUCCUCCCUGCUGCCAGCCGCCCCCCCUUGGCGCCCCGGCCCCGAGCCGGCGCUGGUGCUGCUGGCCUGGCUGGCCCUGCUCUUCAUCUGGUACUGCUACCGGGUGGGCAGCGAGCAGGUGCUGGUGGGGCCGCGUGGGGGGCCGCCGGGCAGGGAGUGCCCAGCCCCCAGCCUGCCCCAUGGGCGACUGCACCGCAGCCUGCGGACCUACGCCCAGCGGUACUCGUGGGCGGGCAUGGGGCGGGUGCGCAAGGCCCUGCGGGAGCAGCCGCGGCCCGAGCGCCUGGCCAUCCAGAGCCCCCGCGUCUUCCACCUGCCCGAGUUGCCCUCGGCCCCCUGCUUCCCACGGGACGCCCAGCGCCGGGACGCCGAGCUGCUGGAGCGGGCAUGCCCUGCCAUCCUGCGGGAGUACCAGGGCGUGGCUGGGGGCGCUGCCCGGGGCUGGACGACAGGGCCCUGCCAGCGCUUUUACCUCUACCGCCGGGGCGUGUGCCAGCCGCAGCACUGCCGGGCCUGCCCCCGCACCUACCGCACCCUGGCCGCCCUGCGCACCUUCGUCAGUGCCAACCGCUUCGGCAACGCCUGCUUCAGCGUCCUGCAGCCGGGCACCGUCCUGCCCGGGCGCUACGGGCCCACCAACGUCCGCCUACGCUGCCACUUGGGGCUGAAGGUGCCCCCAGGAUGUGAGCUGGUGGUGGGGGGCGAGCCCCAGUGCUGGUCUGAGGGACACUGCCUCCUGCUGGACGACUCCUUCCUGCACACAACCUCGCACAAUGGUCCCCCCGAGGACGGGCCCCACGUGCUGUUCAUCGUGGAUCUGUGGCACCCCAAUGUGGCCGGGGCCGAGCGCCAGGCGCUGGAUUACAUCUUUGCCCCCGGCCGAUAGGAGCGGGUCGGGGCUGUGGCGCUGGUGGGGGUGGGUGCCGAGGAUGGACAGACGGACAGUGCUGGAGCCAGCCCCCAGCACCAGCAUCUUCUGCAGCUCGUCCCUCCCAGCCCCACUGAACUGCCUGUGGGGGGCACCGGCUCCCAUCCGGCCCCGGGGCGUGAAGGCUCCCAUCCCGCUGUGUGCGGCUUCCUUGGCCCCGCAGCCUUUGGACCCGAACUCUGCGAAGCCCCCGGCCCCUCAUUAAAGCAUUCCGCCCCCGUCGUGUCAGCGGUGAGCCGAGCUGUGUGGGGGCCGUUGUGCCGGGCUCUGCACAGCCCCACCCCCAACAGAGAGCAGGGCCCCCUCGCGCCAGGCGCUGCACAGACCCCGUAAAUGAAAUUGGUGGGUGCAAAGCACCAUGUGCCCCCAAAUAACCUGGAGAUGGAGCCCAGGAUGGGCCAAGGGGGCUGACUGGCCUGUGGGGUGAGGGAUGGGACCCAGGGCCUCUCCCCUCUAGGGGGCUCCAGUUCCCACCCAGCCAGGGCCCCCCAGUGGUGGCAGGGCCGGGCCAGGAGCUGAUGUUUCCCAGGAAUCUUUAUUACAAUAAUUUAAUAGAAAAGCAAAAACCCCGUUAAAAUAAAUUAUACAAACAUGAGGAACAACAAGGGGGGCGGAGGGGCCCCAGCCUCUCCCCCUUUGCGUUUUCUAUAGGGGGUGAGGUUUGGAAGAUCCCAAUUGAUUUGGGAGGGGGACUGGAGCAUCCCAUUGUGUUUUUAG